AAUGAUGACCACAUUAACCCCAACUGUAAAAUGAAGAGACUCAUCGUGGAGGGAAGGCCACAUUUGUGCCUGUUUGCUUUAAGAGACAUCACACCUGGAGAGGAGAUUACGUAUAAUUAUGGAGAUGGUGAUUGUCCGUGGAGGAGUGAAGUGAUAAAAAGUGGAAUGGAAGCGGACAACAAUCAUCUGGAGUCAGAAGGUGCCUCUGGAGAUGAUCAGCACUGCAUCAAGCCUUCGCAGCACAAAUCUGCUUUUGGCGUCCAGAUGAAAAAAAAUGCCGGCAGUAAUCGUCUGGAGUCAGAGGUUGCCUCUGAAGACGAUCAGCAUCGCACUCAGCAUUCACAGCUUGAGUCUACUUUCUGUAGCGAGAUGACAAAAAAUGGAAUGGAAAAAGACAGUAAUCGUCUGGAGUCAGAGGUUGCAUCUAGAGACGAUCAGCAUUGCACUCAGCAUUCACAGCUUGAGUCUACUUUCCUCAACCAGAUGACAAAAAAUGGAAUGGAAAAAGACAGUAAUCGUCUGGAGUCAGAGGUUGCCUCUGGAGACGAUCAGCACUGCACUCAGCAUUCACAGCUUGAGUCUACUUUCCUCAACCAGAUGACAAAAAAUGGAAUGGAAAAAGACAGUAAUCGUCUGGAGUCAGAGGUUGCCUCUGGAGACGAUCAGCACUGCACUCAGCAUUCACAGCUUGAGUCUACUUUCCCCAACCAGAUGACAAAAAAUGGAAUGGAAAAAGACAGUAAUCAUCUGGAGUCAGAGGUUGCAUCUAGAGACGAUCAGCAUUGCACUCAGCAUUCACAGCUUGAGUCUACUUUCCUCAACCAGAUGACAAAAAAUGGAAUGGAAAAGACAGUAAUCGUCUGGAGUCAGAGGUUGCAUCUAGAGACGAUCAGCAUUGCACUCAGCAUUCACAGCUUGAGUCUACUUUCCCCAACCAGAUGACAAAAAAUGGAAUGGAAAAAGACAGUAAUCAUCUGGAGUCAGAGGUUGCAUCUAGAGACGAUCAGCAUUGCACUCAGCAUUCACAGCUUGAGUCUACUUUCCUCAACCAGAUGACAAAAAAUGGAAUGGAAAAAGACAGUAAUCAUCUGGAGUCAGAGGUUGCAUCUAGAGACGAUCAGCAUUGCACUCAGCAUUCACAGCUUGAGUCUACUUUCCUCAACCAGAUGACAAAAAAUGGAAUGGAAAAGACAGUAAUCGUCUGGAGUCAGAGGUUGCAUCUAGAGACGAUCAGCAUUGCAC